UGUCCAAUACAAAUAAACAAACAUCCAUAAAACAAUAAACUGGUAGAAAAUUCCAAAAGUUUUAGCCCUUUGCAAACCAGAUAUUUAUCUUUGGCAUUCAUAUUCCCAGAGUGAUCCAGAUUUUCAGUGUAUUUUCAAAAUUCCUGAUAGGAACUUCCUGUUGCCGCAAUUACUUUAUUUAUUAAUAAAAUGAAUAAUACAAACAAGAAUUCAUGCGAGCGAAAAGUUUUUUCCGAAAGGGACAAAUUGUUGCUUAUAUCAUUAGUUAAUAGUUAUAAGCACAUACUAGAAAAUAAGAAAACAGAUGCCACCAAUGUCGAAAAGAAAAAUGGGGCCUGGAAGGAAAUUACAGAUCUAUAUAAUGCAAAUGAUGUUUGUCCUAGAACUGAUAAGCAAUUGAGAAAAUUGUGGGAGAAUUUGAAACAAAGAACUAGGAAAAGUGAUUCAGAAAUGAGAAAAAGUUUAAUUCAAACUGGAGGUGGACCACCAGUGAAAAGUGAAGAUAAUCCAAUAAAUGAACGAGUUCGGUCAGUUGUCCCUACAAUUAGUUAUGUAAUUGAAAAUGAGUGGGACAGCAAUUCUGUGAUCCCUUCCGAGAAUUCUCAACUUCAAUCUGAACCCAACGCAUCUCAAGCAUUUAUUGAAGUUACUGAUGCACAGUCAAAUAUGGGCGACAUAGACCAAGAUAACCAGUGGUAAACGGACAACCGAAUGGGAAUAACACAUCUGAAAAUUUUAUAACUCCACAGAAGAAAAGAAAAAGACCAUCAGUAUGUGGGACCCAUUCAACAAGAACAUCACUAAUUGAACAGGAAGCUCUUCUAAGAAUACAGAAAUUGAAAAGAUCCAUGGAGCACGAUGAAGAACUCCAUUUGAUUAAAAAGCAGGCAGCCGAGGCAGAAAAACUAUAUUGGGAAACAAAAUUAAAAAAAUUGAAUCAAUAAAGUAGUUAAUUACAUAUUGUGUUUGUGCUAAAAGUUAUUUAAAGCAAAGAAACAGCGUGUUACAAAUUUUGUUGUAAAAUAGAUACACCAGAUGAAAUUUUCAAUUUUUAUUUAUUAAAAAUGAGUUACUAUAAAAGUUCUUCUAAAGGCUAAUCCAUCACCUGGUCGAUCAUUAACAAUAAUUAUAUUAUCAACCCAAUCACCAUCUUCGUUAAGCUCAUUUUCUUCAAAG